GGUCAGGGGGCGGGCGGCGGUGACGCGCGCGGAAGCGUCCUGGGCACUGUCGCUAGCCGGCGGGCAAGCGGCGCGUCUGUGGAGGCGGCCGCGGCCCGGGCUCCCCGACGGGAGGGGCUCCGGAUCGCUGGGAGGCGGCCGAAGCCCUGCGGCGCCGCCGGCUACGGCGGCCCCAUGAGUCGGGGGACGAUGCCUCAGCCCGGAGCGUGGCCGGGCGCUAGCUGUGCCGAGAAGCCGGCAUGGGAGGCGGGGGCCGCGGCGCCGGAGGGCGGGAAGUCUGCGGCCGGUGGGCCACCGCGCGUCGCGGUGCGGUGCCCGUCCGAGCACGAGGAGGACAUGUAUCGUGCGGCGGAUGAAAUAGAAAAGGAGAAAGAAUUACUUAUACAUGAAAGAGGGUCAUCAGAACCUAGAUUAAGUGUAGCUCCUGAAAUGGAUAUCAUGGACUACUGCAAAAAAGAAUGGAGGGGAAAUACGCAAAAAGCAAUGUGUAUGAAAAAGGGCUACGAGGAGGUGUCCCAGAAAUUCACCUCCAUCAGGCGAGUCCGCGGAGAUAACUACUGUGCGCUGAGGGCCACGCUGUUCCAGGCCAUGAGCCAGCCGACGACGCUGCCCUCCUGGCUGCAGGACCCGGAGCUCACGCUGUUACCAGAAAAACUCAUAAGCAAAUACAGCUGGAUCAAGCAGUGGAAGCUGGGACUGAAAUUUGAGGGGAAGAGCAAGGACCUGGUGGAUAAAAUUAAGGAGUCCCUCGCUUUACUGAGGAAGAAGUGGGCAAGCCUGGCUGAACUGAGAACGGCAGAAGCAAGGCAGAUGGCUUGUGAUGAACUGUUCACAAAUGAAGAAGAGGAGUACAGCCUCUAUGAAGCUGUAAAAUUCCUAAUGCUGAACAGAGCCAUUGAACUCUAUGACGAUAAAGAGAAGGGAAAGGAAGUGCCGUUUUUCUCUGUGCUUCUCUUUGCUCGGGAUACAUCAAGUGACCCUGGUCAGCUGCUGCGGAACCAUCUGAACCAGGUGGGGCACACUGGCGGCCUGGAACAGGUCGAGAUGUUCCUCCUGGCCUACGCCGUGUGCCACACCAUCCAGGUGUACCGGCUCUCCAAGUACGGCACCGAGGAGUUCAUCACGGUCUACCCCACCGACCCCCCCGGGGACUGGCCGGUGGUGACCCUGAUCGCCGAGGACGACCGGCACUACAACGUCCCCGUCCGGGUGUGCGAGGAGACCAGCCUGUGAGCCGCGCUUGGACCGCCUGGCCACACGGCUGAGGGGCGCAGGCAGCCCCUCGCCAGGGCCUCGGGCCUGCAGGUCCCUGAGCCCGACCUUUGAGGACACCUGGGCCCAGUUAGCCUCGCCGGACUGGAAUGUUCUGGGGACUAGCUUUGGCGAAUCAGAAGUAACUGCGAUUUCCCCCCACCCCCCGCAUCUAUGAUGCAGUAUGUUUCCGUGGGGGCCUUCAGAGCACACCUGUUACAAGGUGCAAACUACACCUCCUCCAUAAAACACACAGUUUUAUAUCAGAGGAGUCACGUGCUGGACAGAAAAGCGUCCAAAGCGCUCUCUCAUAGUAAACUGGCUUUCAGUUUUUUUUUUUAAGGUGGUAAUUUUUGUUCUGGUGGUCACAGCAUCUGCAGUGCCCUUUCUCUACAACUAUGCAAUCAGUUCACAUGGUAGAAGUGGGGGGCAGAGCCUGCCAACAGCCCAGCAUCCCUGCUAGUCUCACCCAGCAAUGGUUGGAAUUCACAUGUUAAUUAAAGCUGUUAUAAGCCGAGUGUCUAAUAGAAGAAUCAGAACUGGGUCCAAAAGUGAGCUGCUUAAAGGCUAGAGAAGGGGCUGCAGGAGGAAGGCAGUGGCCCCAGGACAUUGUUGCUCUGCCAGGAUGUGCCAGGCGCCUGUGGUCACGGACACCCCGGCUCGGGAGCCUGGUGCGGGGGUGGGUGGUCGGCGGGAGUGGUGGUCGGCGGGAGGGGCUGUUCCUUCAUCUGCAGUUCCACAGAUUCACCAUCAUCUAGUCAGAGUCAAGCUUAGACCCGUGUGCAUUUUUAUAGGAAACCAAGGCCAAUUGAUGAGUUUCUGGAAAGUGCUUCCAUUGCCAGGUUCCUGUCUCACAUCUGUUGGAGGGGAUCAGUAGCAGCAGAGGCUCUCUGGUUUUCAUGAGUAAGUUUUCAGUAGAAGGAUGUGCUUGUCACUGAUUGCAGAGGCAUGGCCGAGCUGCACCCGCCCUUGGUCGGGUUUGGGAUGCCCUGGGGAGGCAGCGUCUGGCCACGAGCGGUGGCCUGCCUGAUCAGUCACAGGCUAGGGUGGUGCCUGGCGGGCGAGGGUGGGCUCGGGCAGCCCAGCUGAGCCUUGUCUGCAUCAGGGCCCGAAUCCCCGUGGUGCGUGGACACCUCACUCUUUCAGACUAUCAGCGGCACCUGGAUUGGCUCAGUAUUUGUGGAGAUGGUGUUACCCUGAAGUACCAAGCUUUAUUCUAUAAUUAUAAAUUACAGUCUUUAUGUGGUUUAAUAUAAUAUAGUUGAUAAGCUAUCUAAUCUGUUCUCCCUCCCCCCGCCCCCCAGGGACAGAACUUUUGUGAAAAAUGUAACUUUUGCUUUCACUUAAAAAUCAAAAUUUUCUGUUGAGAAAAAACUCAGAGGACACAUAAGACUAUGCAGACUCUUACACGUGUAUUCCUCCCAUUACCUCAUCAAUAAUAUUCACAUUUUGGUAGAUACUUAACUCAUUAGGGUGUUUGAAUUGAAUUUUACUCUAGAUGUGUGUGAAUGUAUUGGAGAGGCUUUGUCUUUCACUGUGAAAUGCAAUGGUGCCGCAAAUAAUAAGGUACCUAGAAGCCAAAUGAAAAUAAUGACUUCCUGUUGGCUUGGAUGCUUCACUUUAUGUUAUUUGAUUUUCAUGCAGCUUACAAGAGGAAAUGCCUACCAGAUCAUUCUUGAACAUGUUUAAAAGCACAACUUCAGACACGUCAGUUGUACAAGGCAGUUGGUGUCUGUGUCCAUCAAACCGCUGGCAGAUCGCCUCUGAUGAGUUUAACAAUACUCAUGAUCUCUGCAUUUUUGAGAAUGUUCUAGUCUUAGUGAACUUGAUCUGGGCUUCUGGGUAGCUCAUUUACAUCUCAUACUUUUUUCUUGUUCCUGUGAAUGAUAUUGUUAGAGUGUGUGCAGAAAUUGUGGUCUUAACUACCCCAUUGACAAAAAAAAACUCAAAAACGUGCAUUUAAGUUGCUUUCUGUCCCAAGGCCAUAUUAGACUCUACCCUCAGACUGUCAUGCAGGUUUAGAGGGAUCAUAGCAUCAGAGAAGUAAAGCUCUCAAAGAAACAGUACUUCAGGAAAUGUAGAUGCUCAGCGAACUUUAAAAAUACAUUUUUUUGUUGCAGCAUGCAACUAUAGUUGCCCAGAGUUUUAAUUCCAUUUUUCAUUCUUGCUCUUGGCCUGGUUGGGUGACAUCAGUAGAAUUGAAAUUGAGUUGAGACCAAAAUGGAUUGAGGAGGAUAAUUUACUUAAGAGGGGAAUCUCUAAAAUGGUAAGAGUAUUUCCGAAAAAGGAAGGUAAUAGGAACAACACUUUGCUUACUUUCUAUCGCAGGAUUUAUUGCAAGAGUUCAGUGGUUUUGGAGCCCUCUGAUCUUAGCAGAAAGAAGAUACCUGCCUUGAACAGGUGUGACGUAUACCUUUGAGCUCAUUUAAGGUGCAUUAAACCUAAAAAGACUUUCCCUGUAACAAGUUCCAUGGAAUUAAAACUGCUCCUUUCUGUCUUCCCCCUCCUCACCUGCGUUUACAGCUUCCAUUGAUUUCACUCCAUUAGAGAGAGUCGUGAUGGUGCCAGUUGAGAACAAGAUGCCAGUCUUGAAAUGUCAGUUCCUCUUCCUUGGAGUUCAGCAUAUCUGAAAACACCUUAAAGGCACAGAGCAGGGUUGACCCUGCUCUCUACAUAGAGCCAUUUACACUUCUAUUAUACUGUUGUACAUUCGAUUAAUGUCUGAAGUUUUCUUUGAUUAUGGAAACAGACAGGUAUUCUGUCGUCAUUCUUUUUCCCUCCAGUUCUAGGGCUUUUGUCAAGUAAAAUCUCAGACCCUUUGAAUCUCGCCCCACUGUCAGAAAAAACACCUUUGUUGGUGUUUGUGUGCUUGUUUUUCCCUUGUUUAUUUUUCACAGGGCUGUGUUAGCCUUCUGCCCUCUUCCCCUCAGGGCGCUCUUACCUAGGAGCCUGUUGUCCCCUUUCUGAGGCGCUUCCAAGUGGUGACGGCUAGGUGCCGUCUCAGCUUUGAGCAUCCGGCUUCCUGACGUUGCAGCAUAGACGUCAGACAGACCUCCUGACUGUCUCCUUUGUGGUGGUAAAGUUUGAUCUCGUUCCUGUCUGUCUUUCUAAAGCAAAACUUUGCAGGUAUACCCCCUUUGAAAGCCAGACAGUUAUUUUCAGAAAUGCAAACCUCCAGGGAAUUUUACUUGUACGCAUACACAAAAAUACAUGGAUGCCUUUUUUUAAAUGAUCUAUAUCAGUUAAAAACCAAUAAGAAUGUGUUUGGAGUGAAUCUGAAAUGUCUGUGAAAGAUAUGAGUCCCCACAUAGUUGAGCAAAGUCAGGGCACAAUAUCAAAAUAAUUUUGCCAACUUACUGAUCAGAAACGUUUCAGUUUUACUUAGAUAACAAAUCACUGGCCACAGGCGUUAGUUUUUGUGAAAAUCCCCCAGUCAGUAAUGUGUUAAAAUGGCCCAAGAACAGUAAGGAGUGAGCUGAAGAGGGAUGAACAGAUUUUAGAUGAAAAAAUGCCUUUGAAAAACAAAAUGGAUGCCUACAGACCUCCUCAGCUUAAGUUAAUAAAAGGAUAAAAAUCUGAACCAACUCAUACCACUUCUGUGCGUGGAUUCUGCAGAUUCCUUUUUCUGAAUUUGAAGCCCCCUGUGUAACAGAAGUAGACUGCGUAAUGCUGAGCUCUUAGAAAACCUUCUUGGGGGUCUCUUCUGAGGGGCUGGAGAGACCAGGAAGCCAGUGCUGAAUCGUGCUGUGAAGUGGGACAACGGGCAGCUGAUGAUCAAUACUUGUAACUGAUCCAGGGAAUAACUUGGAGCCACGAAAAGCACAAAACUCAGCUGGCGUGGCUGCCCCCAGCCCUGGUGGCCACGAGGGGAGGGUAGGCUCGGCCGUGACCAGAACGGGCGGGGGUGUGUUCAUGAAGAUGCCUGCUCUCUGGUCUGCAGUCAAAUCACGAUGAUGUUCUGUGUGCGAGGUCCCACAGCCUGAGACCCUGCGAGUUUGGGAGGGUGGAGGUGAGCUGUCCCUUUUGCCUUUUUUUUUUCCCCCAUGCUGAAUUGCAAUUUAUUACUGGAAAUAGUGGAGGGUGUUAGUAGGUAUCAUUAAAUUCUCCAGAGUGGUCAUAAAGUCUGGAGAUAACAUAAUUGUAUUGAAAUGUGUUAUCAACAAACCACUUACUACAUUUCUAUCUGUUUCCAGGGGUCUUCCCUAGUGGCUCAGGGGUAAAGAGCCUGCCUGCAAUGCAGGAGAUGCAGCUUCAAUCCCUGGGUCAGGAAGAUCCCCUGGAGAAGGAAAUGGCCACCCACUCCAGAAUUCUUGCCUGGAAAAUUCCAUGGACAGAGGAGCCUGGCGGGCUACAGUCCAUGGGGGUCGUGAUAGCAUCAGCGCACGACUUAGCGACUGGGCAAGGCCAGGCUGUGACCUCAUGGCUCUCUGUGUGUUUCCAUACCUUGCGUGCUCAUUGGUAGCCAGAGCUUCUUAAUAGAGCACUGAGGAGAGCCUUAUCUUAUUCUGUUGAUUUCUCGGGUGUAGGUGUGGGUCGGGUGAAACUGCCAAAACGCAGGAGAUCCAAGGAAAGGAUCCGAGACUCUAGAUUAAACCAAUCUUGGCAGCCUUUUUCCCAGUAACCAGGGGUGGUUGAGUUCAGUUCUGAACUUCAAAAUAAUUUUUUUUUUGUACUCAAGACCUUUUCUAUAAUGAAAAAAUGCCUUGACUUGUCGUCUCACAAAUGGUGCUAAACUACGGUACUCCUUCCAGGAGCCAGGGCAGUCUGUGGUAAUGUUGGUUACUUCUGAGUAUUUCAAUGUGGGAAGAAAGCCAAAGUGAAUGUAUGUAGUGAGCUCCCUUCUCGCUUCCAUUGUCUGUAAACAUGUUUUGGUCUCGCCACUGGGUUUUCGCGGCCUCUGAUUCUGUGUUGUGAAUUAGCAGAGGAUACCCACCCCUUGUCUGUCCAUAGUGGCAGUUUUCCUUCCCCAUCUGCCAGGCUGCCUAAGGAGGGCAGACAGGAAUGCAGUGUGAACCUGGCUGCCUCGUCUGUCUUGGCUUAUUUUAGCAGAGUGUCCAGUUUGCACUCUUUAAGAUGUCAGCGUUUGUCAAAAACCUCAUCUGCUCUGAAAACCGUGCCCCUGAGGCUCCCAUCAGCCUGGGACCACGGUCCCACCUGCCUCCAAGGCGGAGGUUUCCUCAUUGACGCGUUGAGUCCUAUCUUUACUGUCAGAGGCCAAGCCAACUCGGGUUUUGCUGUCAAUCCCCUGUAGCAAGCCUGGCCACAAAGGACUGUAAAAACAAUAACUAAAAAUAAAAACUCAGAGAAUGAAAACUCGGAAA